UCUUGAUUUCUUGUUUGAAUUCUUAUUGAAAUUUCUGAAUUCUCAUGCUAACGAGAGACUGCUCGUCCUUUUCCAAAUUGUGUGGAUGUUCGCGAUUUCAGGAUUUUUUUUUUCACGAUUUCUCCCACCAUUCGUAAAUAAGCGAACGGCAAAUCCGUCUCCCACCAUUCGUAAAUAGCGAACGGCCAAUUCGUCUCCCACCACAUUCGCAGCACGCAAACGAGCGAUCCCGCGAUCCCAACCUCGUAAUCUCGUCCCGGGAAGAGAUUGAUUGGCCUCCUGGAACUCCAUUCAUACGCACUAAUAGUGCAUAGUGGUUUGCUUUGGAAAGAUUGGUAAAGACAAUAAGGCAUUUUUAUGGGUGAGGAAACAGACUCAGCUACAGCGUCACUUUUGACGGGUGUAGAUUUGGAACGCGAUGGUAUGACACCUAAAAAGUUAUCUGCAUCAGCAAGGCGUACCCAAAGGCAAGUGCUGUCAGUGGGUCUUGUGACCAAACGGAAAAAGAUGUCGCGAAGAGCAAAUGUUAUCGGAAUCUGUGGUGUCAGUUUUUUAUGCAUUUUGUUGCUGGUCGUGACAACCCAACAUAGACCCAUACCCGCCUCGUUAGUCUCAUCGUCGGGAAAUUCGGCGAAUUCAAUGGAAAGCGGUGGCGGGGGAGGAGGUGGAGGUGGAGGAAGCAAUGGAGCACAAUCUGGUAUUUAUGCACCAAGCGGAAAUGUUUUAGGACUUGCUUUUCCCAGUACCGCUACAAUAUCCGAGGUAGUAAUUCAGGAAAGAGCAAAAAUUGCUUUGGAAAUGGAGAACUUUGAAUAUCCCGCCGGACGCUUUGGGGUUGAGGCGGAAAAAUUAUCCGAUCUUACACCCGAAACUGAGGGAACUCCCGUCCGCAGUAUGGUUCUUACAACAUGGCGAUCCGGUUCAACCUUCCUGGGAGAUAUUUUGAAUGCAAUGCCUGGUAACUAUUAUCACUACGAGCCACUGCUUCAUCUGGGCAUCAAGCAAGUUCGUGGUCCUGCAGAAGAGGAGGAAGCCAUCAAACAUCUUAAGAGCCUUUACUAUUGUGACUAUCACAAUGAUAUGGAUGAAUAUCUAAACUAUGGCAAAAAGAAUGUGCAUUUAUUCCAGCACAAUAAGAGGCUGUGGCAACUAUGUAAAGACUAUCCCCAUUACUGUUGGCGGCCUAAGUUUCUUACACCAAUUUGCAAACUGUUUCCACUGCAAAGUAUGAAAACUGUAAGACUGAGGCUGAGUACCGCUGAAAAACUUUUGGAAGAUAAAAGCCUUAAUAUCCACAUUAUCCUGCUGGUGCGUGAUCCAAGAGGUACUAUGCAAUCGAGACGUCAUCGAACCUGGUGUUAUGACAAUGAAGAUUGUGAUGAUCCAAGGAUUUUAUGCAAGGAUUUGGAAGCUGACUACGACUCCGCUGUGGACUUGCUUAAAAAAUAUCCAUCCAGAUUUAGAACUCUAAGAUAUGAGGACCUAUCAUUAGACCCCUAUGAUAUGAGCCAGGAGAUAUUGCAGUUUUAUGGUCUACCCUUUGAUCCUUUAGUCGAAGAGUUUUUGGAUACGCAUACAAAAGUGAAUAUAGGUGGAGUGAGUUCUACGUUCCGUGACUCUAAAUCGGCACCAUUCCAUUGGAUCCAGGAUUUGAGUGCAGACGAUAUAAAACAUAUACAAAAAUCAUGCACAAAGGCUAUGGAUUUGUGGGGCUAUCGCCGAAUAGAUAACUUCACCGAUUAUGCUCGCAAUUUUGAUCCCAUCAUCUUGCCGCCUCCGUUUUCGUGAGACUAUUAUGGGCCAUUGGCGUUAACAACGUUAGUGCAAUGAACAACUUAUUUUUGUCCUUGUCAAAACUACAUAUAGAGAAAACAAAACGUCUUUUUCAGCCCUCUACUCCUUGUUGUAGUUACUGUUCAUUUAUGACAUAUGGAAAUUUUUGUUUUUUUU